CUGGGAGCAGUCCGAUUGGCAGCCUGGCAUUCUGUUCGGAAGGUGACUUCUUUAUUAUUCGGCCUAUUGAGCACCGCAUCGAGCGUAUGCUUCUUCGUUCAACUUUGUCUCAUAUAGUCGAGACUCGCUCUGCUGUUUUCGUACUUCUCCAGUCCCCACCCACAAGUCACUCAUUAAUCCGACCUUAAGACGUUCAAGUCUGUAUCAUUAUUGUCGACCUGACACCCAGUCCCUUUCAACAACCAUCAUGAAGUUCAGCAUCGUUGCCGUUGCGGCCGUUGCCGCUCAGGCCGCCGCCGUCAGCGGUAGCACCAGCGCGGUCUUCAAGGACGGUGUCGGCGCCUGCAAUGUCCCGGGCCAGAAGUGCCACACGGUGAAGAACGCCGCGCGUGACAUCCUGAACGCCAUCAACAAGCCCACCGAUGUCGACGACCAGCAGAGCUACUUCUGCGACAUCCAGGGCAGCGCGGGCUGCAACCAGCUCCACGGCUCCGUUGACAAGCUCCAGCAAGCCGCCAUCAAGGCUUACCACACCGUCGCCGCUCGUGAAGCGGAGGCCGAGGCCGAGGCCGAGGCCAACCCGGGUUACGGCUGGAUCGGUCGCUGCGGUGUGCCAGGCUCCAGCUGCAACAAGAAGCGCGAGGCUGAUCCCGGUUACGGCUGGAUUGGUCGCUGCGGCGUUCCGGGCUCCAGCUGCAACAAGAAGCGUGACGAGGACGCUGCGGCGCGCGAGCACUGGCUGGCUCAGCGUGAGGCUGGCGGAUGGAUUGGCCGUUGCGGUGUGCCAGGCUCCAGUUGCAACAAGAAGCGUGAGGAGGAAGUUGAGGUCCUGCGCCGUGAGGCUGAGGCCGGUGGCUGGAUCGGACGCUGCGGUGUCCCCGGCUCGAGCUGCAACAAGGCACGUGAUGCCAACCCCGGUGGCUGGAUUGGUCGUUGCGGUGUCCCAGGCUCUAGCUGUAACAAGAAGCGUGAGGCUGGUGGCUGGAUCGGACGCUGCGGUGUCCCCGGCUCAAGCUGCAACAAGGCACGUGAUGCAGAGGAUGACCAAAAGAUCCAGCAGAUGCAGGACGCCAUCCGCGCCUUCAACCCCGAGAUCGAGAAGGCUGAAUGCAACCAGGACGGCCAGCCUUGCGACCUCAUCAAGACGGCCGCCCAAGCGCUCCACAACAACACCCGCCGUGAAGCUGAGGCUGGUGGCUGGAUUGGUCGCUGCGGCGUCCCAGGCUCGAGCUGCAACAAGAACAAGCGCGCUCUUGCUUUCUGCCAGUCUGGUGAGAACUGCACCGGCCCGGCUUACGCUCAUCUCCAAUCCCAGGACGCCACCGCCGACAAGGCUGAGAAGGAUUGCCACGGCCCCAACGGCGCUUGCACAAUUGCUGCUCGUGCCCUUGCAGAGCUGGAGCAGGCUGUCGACGCCGCGCUUUUGGACGCCGAUGCAUAGACGCCGGUCCCAAAAACUCCUUUUCGCUUCUCUGCUUUCUUGUCGGCCGGCGUAGCUGACUGAUCUUCAACGUGACCUGAUCAUGGUUAUGCUGAAGGUUUCCCGCAAAUGGCGCAUUUGGUCUUACAUCUUCGCUUCUUGGAUAAUGCUUUAGUGUAUAUGCUCAGUCCUUGGUCAGCG